CCCUAAUUACGACCAAUUUUCCUCUUUACUUUGGCUUCAAGAGUUAAAACCCCACUACUACAUGUCCCUCUGUGUUUGUAUGUGUGUGUGUGUGUGUCUCUUUCUCUCUCUCUCUCUAUAUAUAUAUACACGUUCCGAUUCGACGAUCGAGCGCUACACCACUUCCUCUCCGCGUCGGCAUUAAUGGCGACGAUUCCCCCCAACCUCACCCUCCUCCUCCUCGUCGUUGUGGCAACCACCACGACCACCUCAUUCCCCUGUUUCUUCGCCGCCGCGGAAGCUCUUCCUAGAUUCCGGGAGGCGCCGCAGUUCUACAACUCGCCGGGGUGCCCGCCGCCGCUCCCGGCGUCCUCCGCCGCGGAAUGCGCUGAGGCGGAGUCGGAGGCGGCGGUGCACGUGGCGAUGACGCUGGACGCGGCGUACCUGCGGGGGUCGGUGGCGGCGAUCCACUCGGUGCUGCAGCACGCGUCGUGCCCCCAGUCGAUCCGGUUCCACUUCGUGGCGUCGGCGGGGGCCGGGGCGGGGGUGCCCUACCUGAACGCGACGAUCGCGGGGUCGUUCCCGUCGCUGUCGUUCCGGAUCUACCCGUUCGCGGACGAGGGCCGCGUGGCGGGGCUGAUCUCGACGUCGAUCCGCGCGGCGCUGGACCGGCCCCUCAACUACGCGCGCUCGUACCUGGCGCGGCUGCUCCCCGCGUGCGCGCGCCGCGUCGUCUACCUCGACUCCGACCUGGUGCUCGUCGACGACAUCCGCGGCCUCGCCGGGACGCCGCUCCCCGACGGCGCCGCCCUCGCCGCGCCCGAGUACUGCGGCGCCAACUUCGCGGCCUACUUCACGCCGUCCUUCUGGGCCAACCCCGCGCUGUCGAACGCCUUCGCGGGGCGGCGGCCCUGCUACUUCAACACCGGGGUGAUGGUCAUGGACCUCCACCGCUGGCGCCUGGAAAGCUACACGCAGCGCAUCGAGGAGUGGAUGCAGCUGCAGCAGCGCCUGCGCAUCUACGAGCUCGGCUCCCUCCCCCCCUUCCUGCUCGUCUUCGCCGGCCGCAUCGCCGCCGUCGACCACAGAUGGAACCAGCACGGACUGGGCGGGGACAACUACCAGGGGCUUUGCAGGGAUCUGCACCCGGGGCCCGUCAGCCUCCUGCACUGGAGCGGGAAGGGCAAACCUUGGGUCCGGAUCGACGCAGGCCGGCCGUGCCCGCUCGACGCCCUCUGGGUGCCCUACGAUCUCCUCCGCACCCCCUUCGCGGUCGACGAUUCUUGAAUCCUACGUCGCCGUCCUCCGUUUUUCUUCUUCUUCUUCUUCUUUUUCUUUCUUGUUCCCCCUCUCCCUCUCUCUCUCUCUCCCCCCUUUUCUUUUGUAGAGUUACCAUCGUUUUUUUUGUUCUUUUUUUUCCUCGGAUAAGCAACGAACAAUUAAAGGAAUACAGAGAUCUAGCACAUGGGCUGUUAAUAAUCUUUUGAAAUUGUAUUAGUAUACAAGGAAGAGAAUUGGUGUAGAUAAAAGGCUGUAGGAUGAGAGCAGGAGAAUUUUAUAGUUCUACUUCUAUAGUUGUUUUUCUUUUGUUGUUGCAUUAAUUUUCAUUCUAUCUUCAUAUUGUAUCUUUUGAA